AUGUUGUUGUACAAGGAAGCUGCACAGUUUAUCGCACCAGGCCCAAAGGUCGGAUCCCUCCAGACUCGCAUAUUUGACGCGGCGAAGGAACGAAAGAUCAAGUCCAACCCAAAACAUAUCUAUGCGCUUGUCAUCUCUACGUUAAAGCUCAAGCCAUUCAUCUUGGAAAUAAUCAAAAAGUCACAGGUUUUGAAGGUCCAAACCAAGCCAAAAAUUCCGGAGCUUGUUGCCGUUUUAUGCGUGCACGACUUGCUUUUUUCCAAGACCGGCCGUAUCCAGUCGGGCAAGCACCCGAUCAAGGAAGCGUUACUUAAGCACAAGACCCGUUUGCAGGCUGAAUUAACCAAAUUAAAGUUGAAACACAAGGUUACUGACUUGCUCGAUUUGGUCGAGGAAGAUGACACCCCCGUUCGUUGGUUCCGUACCAAUCUCAUCAAGACCACCACCGAGAGAAUUCUCAAGGAGUUGGCCCAUCUCACCCAAGUAGAUACCCUCGAGGAAUUGGAUGAGCCGGGAAAGAUCUACCAUGAUGAAUACAUCCCAGACUUAUUCGGGAUCCAUCCGAAGGAAAAGCUCACCGCUAUGCAGAUUUACAUCGACGGGAGAGUCAUCAUCCAGUCUCGUCCCUCGUGUUUUCCGGCCCAUAUGCUCAACCCCAUCCCUGGUGAGGGUAUGAUCAUCGAUGCUACCGCAGCUCCUGGUAACAAGACCACCCAUCUCGCGUCCUACAUGCGCAACCACCCAGACUCCAUCGUGGCGUUCGAAAGAGACCCUAAGCGUGCCUUGAUUUUGCGCAAGAUGGUGAACAAGGCCGGUGGCUUAAAGUCGAUCCAGGUGGUGCACGAAGAUUUCACCAAGAUCGACCCCAAGGAUUUUCCAGAUACGGUAGGUAUUAUCGUCGAUCCGUCCUGCUCCGGUUCCGGUAUCUUCGGCAGAGCCUUUGAGGAAGACGACAAGGAUAAGCAGGAGAGUCACGAUCCUGAGAGAUUGAGAAAGCUCGCAAGUUUCCAGUGCAAGAUAGUGAAGCACGCGUUGAUGUUCCCGAAGGUGAAGAAAGUCAUUUACUCCACGUGUUCCAUUCACGCUGAGGAAAACGAACAGGUUGUCGUGGACUUGCUCGCCGAUGAGGAUAUCAGCAGUGCCGGGUGGAGAGUGGCGUCCAGAGAGAACGUUAUCCCAACCUGGCACAGAAGAGGCUGGCCGCAGGAGUUCACCAGCUUAGGACCGGAGGAGGGGCUCAGGACCGCCGAAGGGUGUGUCAGAGCCAUGCCCAAGAUUGACGGUGGAAUUGGCUUUUUUGCCGUCUGCUUUGAAAAGGUUGAUAUCGAAAACUAA